AUGUGUAGUUGCUUCUCUUCCUUCUUCCUUUCUCUUCCCGUCCUCGAUGUUCGACUCAAGCAUUCGAUCAUCAAUACGAGUCACGUCUCAAUCCAUGAAAUGAGAACACUUUCCUCGUCAAAAGCAAGAUCUCGAUGUUAUUUCGGUGGGAUUGAUUCUCAUAUCUCUACCCAUUUCGGGAAAUUGAGCUUUAAAGAAGAAUCGAGGGACAAAUUCGUCUCUUGCUUGAGUUCAUCAUCACUACCUAAUGAAGAAGCUGUUGUGGAUUCUUCUCUUUCGGAUUUAGUGGAAAGAGAUAGUAAUGCAGAGUUUCCUCGAGAUGGUGAUUUGAUUCGGGUAGAAAGUGGAAAUGAUCUGAGAAACACUGGCUCGAAAGGAUUCAAACAGACGACGACGAGGUCGAGUCUUGUAGCUAAGCAAGUUAUCAGUAUACAAUCAGCUCGGAGCUUAGGAUUUAUCUCUCAGCUUUGGGUUGACACUACUUCUUGGUUGGUUUUGGUGGUGGAUGUGAAACCGAGUUUGCUAUCUGGAGAAUGUGAGAGAUUCCUUCUCAAAGACAUUGUUCGGGUAGGUGAGGUUGUGCUUGUGGAAGAUGAGGCUGUACUGGAUACUGAAUUCAAGAUGGUUGGACUUGAAACACUGGUAGGUUACAGAGUAGUGACACCAGGAGGACGAAACAUCGGAAAGGUUAGAGGUUACUCAUUCAACAUUAACUCAGGAAUAGUUGAAUCGUUGGAGCUUGAUUCUUUCGGAAUAACCAUCAUACCAUCAAGCCUGGUGAGCACAUACAGAUUACAAGUGGAGGACAUAAUCGAGGUCUUAGAAGACAUAGUUGUGGUUCACGAAAAUGCAGCUUCUAGGAAACAGAGGUUGACUAAGGGACUCUGGGAUGCUCAGUUUGGUAGUGAAUACUCUGACGCUGAAGAGACUGAAAGCUCAUCUGAUAGAAGACGGCAAAGGAGAAGCAAUAGAUCCAGUCGAAAGAAGAGAGAUUUGGAUGAUGACGAAUGGGAUAUGUUCCGCUAG